AUGGAGAUCCGACCGGACAGGUUCAAGGCUUCCGCAGCCAAAACUCUGGGCAAAAUUCACAGAAUAAUCGAGAAGAGGCAGCCCAAUGGAGAGACGAUCGAGCUGUCCGCAGAGGGCCGCCCGGAGCUGGUGGAGGAGAAGGAGAUGCCCGUCGUGGACUGUACGUGCUUCGGUCUCCCGCGGCGUUACAUCAUCGCCAUCCUGUCCGGCCUGGGCUUCUGCAUCUCCUUUGGGAUCCGCUGUAACCUCGGGGUGGCCAUCGUCAGCAUGGUGAACGAUCACACCGUCUACAAAGGCAACAAGGAAGUGCUCGUGGCUGCACAGUUCACAUGGGACCCGGAGACAGUGGGAAUGAUUCACGGCUCCUUCUUCUGGGGCUACAUCGUCACACAGAUCCCAGGAGGUUUUAUAUGUCAGAAAUUUGCAGCCAACAGAGUGUUUGGGUUUGCAAUCGUGGCCACAUCAGUGCUCAACAUGCUGAUCCCCAGUGCUGCUCGCUGCCAUUACAGCUGUGUCAUCCUGGUCAGGAUAUGUCAGGGGCUGGUGGAGGGUGUCUCAUACCCAGCCUGCCAUGGCAUCUGGGCAAAGUGGGCACCUCCACUGGAGAGAAGUCGAUUAGCCACAACUGCCUUUUGUGGGUCCUAUGCAGGAGCGGUAGUCGCCAUGCCUUUAGCUGGAAUACUGGUCCAAUACAGUGGCUGGCCCUCUGUCUUCUAUGUUUAUGGCAGUUUUGGUAUCUUCUGGUACUUGUUUUGGAUUCUGGUCUCAUAUGAGAGUCCUGCAGCCCACCCCACCAUCACCCCAGAGGAACGCAAGUACAUUGAAGACGCUAUUGGAGAAUCUGCAUCAUUUCUCAAUCCUCUUCAAAAAUUCAAAACCCCUUGGAGACAUUUUUUCACCUCUAUGCCAGUCUAUGCCAUCAUUGUGGCAAACUUCUGCAGGAGCUGGACCUUCUACCUGCUGCUCAUCAGCCAGCCGGCCUACUUUGAGGAAGUGUUUGGGUUCGAGAUCAGCAAGGUGGGAAUAGUGUCAGCUCUGCCCCAUCUGGUCAUGACCAUCAUCGUUCCACUCGGGGGCCAGCUGGCGGACUACCUGAGGACACACAACAUCAUGACAACCACCAACGUGCGGAAGCUCAUGAACUGUGGAGGUUUUGGGAUGGAAGCCACACUCCUACUCGUGGUGGGAUACUCGCACACCAAAGGCAUCGCCAUUUCUUUCUUGGUCCUCGCUGUGGGAUUUAGUGGCUUUGCUAUCUCAGGUUUUAACGUCAACCACUUGGACAUUGCCCCGCGGUAUGCAAGUAUUCUGAUGGGCAUUUCCAACGGUGUGGGCACUUUGUCAGGAAUGGUGUGUCCUCUCAUCGUGGGGGCCAUGACCAAACAUAAGACACGAGAGGAAUGGCAAGGAGUGUUUCUGAUCGCCUCUCUUGUCCAUUAUGGAGGAGUGGUUUUCUAUGGGAUCUUUGCCUCGGGAGAGAAGCAGCCGUGGGCGGACAUAGAGGACACGAGUGAAGAGAAAUGUGGCAUUAUUGAUGAGGAUGAACUGGCCAAUGAGACAGAAGAGAUGUACCGCGGUGGCGGGCAGUACGGGGCCAUGAGCCAGGUGGUUGGUUCAAACGGAGGGGGUGGAGCUGGCAGCGGCUGGGUGUCGGACUGGGACAAGUCUGAGGAGUAUGUGCAGCCACCUGGGUACAACUCCUACAAGUACGAGGGGAGGGAGGAGGGAAGGGAGGAGGGGAGGGAGACCACCUAG